AGAAGAGAACUUCCAAACAAUUUAAGCAAACAUGAAGCUCGAACUUCUCUCUCUCUAAGCUCUGAAAUCUAAAAACAUGUAGAGAGAGAGAGACUCGAGUACUAAUGUCUAUCUCUCCUCAUUUGGCUGGCCACAUUGUCUUAAACCAACACCAACCCACAUGUUCUACAUAGAUUUCUCCUCACUUAACCCGAAAAGCAUCUCUAUCCCUCCUAAUUUCAUUUACUCCUCGUUUUGCAUGCUUCAAACACCACAAAAACACACACCCCCCACCCAAAACACACACACACACUGCAAACACAACCAUCUAUAUGUCUCCACAUAAGACCUCUUGCAUGUUUUCCUUCCAACACUUGCCUCAUGAUCUUUGUUGUGACCAUGCUCUUCAAUCUCGUGUUGUUCUGUGAAUUCUAACCAAGUUUCUUUGAUUCUGAUUGUUUAGAGUUAGUGGGGUUUCUGGGUUUCAAUUCAAUUGGGUUUUUGUGUGGUGAUGGGUCCUGUAAGAGGGUACAAGAAGAAGAGGAAGAUAGAGAAGAAGGUUGAACACAACGCGUCUGCUUCUGGGUCUUCAGAGGAGGGCUCUGUAGAUUGGUGGGAUGUGUUCUCCAAGAGAAUUUCUGGUCCUUUAUCUUCAGUGAAGGGUUUAAAUAAGUUCGAAUCUGUGUUUAGGAUAUCCAGAAAAACUUUCGACUAUAUCUGUUCACUCGUGAGGGAGCAUAUGACGGCCAAGCAAGCAAACUUCAUGUUUUUAAAUGGCAGGCCGUUGUGUUUUAAUGAUCAAGUAGCUAUAGCUUUAAGAAGGCUAUGUUCUGGUGAUUCACUAAUAACAGUUGCUGAUUCAUUUGGCACAAAUCACUCAACUGUAUCUCAAGUGACCUGGCGUUUUGUGGAGGCCAUGGAAGAAAGAGGGCUUUGCCACCUGCAGUGGCCUUCCACGGAACAAGAAAUGACAGACAUAAAAUCCAAGUUUGAGAAAAUGCGAGGCCUUCCGAAUUGUUGUGGUGCGAUCGACACAACUCAUAUCACGAUGUUAUUGCCUCAAUCUGACCUGGCAAACAAUGUGUGGCUUGAUCGUGCAAAGAAACACAGCAUGAUCUUGCAGGCAAUUGUGGACCCUGAGAUGAGGUUCCGGGACAUUGUCGCUGGAUGGCCAGGGAAAAUGAACGACUCCUCGGUCCUACAAAACUCAAAUUUCUACAAUCUUUGUGAGAAAGAAGAGAGGUUAAACGGGAACAGAAUGAAGUUUACUGAAGGAACAGAAUUAAGGGAAUAUAUAGUUGGGGAUUCAGGCUUUCCCCUACUGCCUUGGCUUGUCACCCCUUAUCAAGGCAGAGAACUUUCAGAGUCCAGAGCUGAGUUCAAUAAGCGGCAUUUCGCAACUCGGGUGGUGGCACAGAGGGCAUUGACAAGGUUGAAGGACAUGUGGAAGAUAAUUCAAGGAGUGAUGUGGAGACCUGAUAAGCAUAGGUUGCCAAGGAUUAUCCUUGUGUGCUGCAUUCUUCAUAAUAUUGUUAUUGACAUGGAAGAUGAGGUGCUGGAUGAGCUGCCUUUGUCUCACCACCAUGAUGUAAAUUAUCCGCCGGAGAUUUGCGAAUCUUUCGACAAGACUGCUUUCGUUUUGAGGGAUAAACUGUCUCUCUACCUGGCUGGAAGGCUGCCGGUUUGACUAUUAUAAAGUUCGAAGAGCUUGAGACAGGAUAUUGCGGAAAAGAAAUUUAAGAUGAAAGUCAGCUAUACAGAGUUACAGACUUGAUUCUAGACUGUAAAUAAGUUGGAUAAGAUGGUUCUUUGCUAGGCAUUGCCAGUUAGUUUGUAGCGUAAAGGCUCAGAGAGUGAGAGAUUGAUUAUACAUCAAAAAUUGAAUUUCUUUUGAGAAUUCUGAGGCUUGUUUUUAUAAUUGCUAGAGAGAUUUGGACCAAUCUAGUUAUAAUUCAUUUGAACAUUUUGAGUC